UUAAAUCCGGAGCCGUCUUCAAUGGCGGAAAUCGGAAGUCGUAACCUCCAGAUCGGCUUCACAGUUCGCCUGUUUCAUCUGCUUAUUCUGUCGGCACGUGGUUCUCCUGGCGAAGACCUACUGAUCGAUCAUGGUUUCGUUUUUUUUGGUGGAGCAAAGGUUGGAUUUUGAGACAUUUCCCCCAAUUUCAUAGGCCUUGAUGCGAGAGAUGUGGGAGAAGUGCUCCUCCUCGGGGAAAGUUCAAGUUUUUCAGUGUCGCCGAUGGCUGGCGGCGUUUUUCCUGUCCCACAAAACCCUAUUUGUGGUCAUCUGGAGCUUGGUGUUCUUUUACCUGCUACGGUGGAGGACGAGCUGCGUAGUUGACAGCGGGUUGUCCGUUCCCCGGCCGGGGCUCUCGAAUUCGUCCGAUUCCUUCUCGUCGAGGCUGCCUCAAGUAACGAUCGACUCCACGCCUCCGCCGGUGGUGGUUAAUUCGUCAGAUUUGUCAAUACCGCCGCCGUCGCAAGCAAGGUCCGGCCCCGUGCUUCGUCCUGUGGUGUUCAAUUUGUGCGAUUUCGACGCGGUGGGAAAUGGGAGGACCCUGAAUACGAAAGCGUUUGAGCGUGCUGUGGCGGCGAUAGCGGAGCUCGGGGAGAGGGGAGGUGGCCAGCUCGACGUGCCGGCUGGGGUAUGGCUCACCGCUCCGUUCAAUCUGACAAGCCAUAUGACUCUUUUCCUUGCCGAAGGUGCCGUUAUUCUUGCCGUAGAGGAUGAGAGAUACUGGCCACUACUGCCUCCGUUACCAUCAUAUGGCUACGGAAGGGAACAUAAAGGACCGAGAUACGGAAGCCUGAUACAUGGUCAAAAUCUGAAUGAUGUGAUUAUUACAGGACAUAAUGGCACGAUAAAUGGACAAGGCCAAACAUGGUGGACAAAGUUUCAGCAGAGACUUCUCAACCACACAAGAGGUCCUCUUUUGCAGCUUAUGUGGUCUAAGGAUGUUGUCAUUUCUAACAUAACACUGCAAGACUCUCCUUUCUGGACACUGCAUCCGUAUGACUGCAAGAACGUUACCAUCUCGAAUGUUACUAUUUUGGCUCCUAUUUCUGGGGCACCAAACACCGACGGCAUAGAUCCAGAUUCUUGUGAGAAUGUGGUGAUAGAAAACUGCUACAUAUGCACCGGUGACGAUGGAAUAGCAAUUAAGAGCGGUUGGGAUCAGUAUGGCGUUGCAUAUGGGCGCCCGUCUACAAACAUUUUGAUUAGAAAUGUCGUAGUUCGCUCUGUGGUUAGCGCAGGAGUAUCAAUAGGCAGUGAAAUGUCUGGUGGAGUUUCAAAUGUAACAGUGAACAAUCUUUACGUCUGGGAGUCAAGGAGAGGUAUAAGGAUUAAAACAGCUGCCGGCAGAGGAGGGUACAUUCGCAACAUUUCCUACCGAAAUGUGUUCCUUAACAAGGUUACCACUGGCAUUGUGGUAAGGACUGACUAUAAUGAGCACCCUGAUCGAUUCUUCAACCCAAAUGCUAUUCCUGCCCUUGAAAACAUACACUUCAGUGGAAUCCAAGGCAAGGAUGUUCACCUUCCUGUUGGAAUUUACGGAAGCCAAGAUAUCCCUUUGAAGAAUGUUACCUUUCGCGAAGUGUCAAUUGGUUUGAGCAACAAGAAAAAGAAUGCCUUCCAGUGCUCUUUCAUCGAAGGUCACGUUGAGGGAAAUGCAUUUUCACCACCAUGCAAAGAUCUCGAUCAUUUUAAUGUUAGAAGAAGGCGAGGAAGGCGAGUAAGGCGGGCAAAGCGGAUUGAACCACCAAAGAAGACGAAAACACUGUAAUUCUUCAUCUAUUUUUCAUUAUUCUCCAAGAAAAGCAACCAAAUUUGGUUGAAUACUUCAUGUGUAGAUCUUUUUACACAAGAAAAUAGAAAUAAGAUUGUUUAUAUC